GUAGAGUGACCAGCAUAUUAAUUUUCUGUCAAAGCAGAAGGACCGUUAUAAGGUCAAGAAUCAAGAUGGCUACGGGGGUACUAGCCUAUGCUUACUCUCCCCAGAUGGGGACCGAAACAAUGAAUUAUAUGACAGCAGAGACCAGGUUAGGAGAGGACAAUCUCACUCCAGGUUUCAUAACGCACUUGGAGAAAUUUUACAAAAAGGCGAACGCGAAGGACAGGGCAAAGUGUUUAGAGUUACUGACCGCCCUUAACAUUCAAGAGGACUUGAAUACAAAACUACAACCGUGUAGGAGUCUACAACCGUCGAGGUGUAAAACCCCAGGACCGAAUUGGAAACCAUUAUCAGGAGCACCGACACCUGAGAUUAUUUCAGACACACCCCGUGUAAAAUUCGUACCAGCCCCGCCUCUGAGACCAAAAACUGCUAUGGCUCUUGCAGGACGCCGUAUCAAUAAAGAUCCUUACCAGACGACGUAUUCGAGGGAAUUUGUUGGAAUGACCGGACAGGCGGCGACUGAGGACAGACCGAGUACAUCCAAGGGCAUCAUUCCUUCCUCAUACAAAUUAUCCGGUGCUACCACGUAUAGUACCGAGUUCGCUAAAAAGCCAGUCAUUAAGGCCGAGCAGACGAGGGCAGGAAGUUCAAGCGGAAACCGACGGAAUAACCCACACCCGAAAGAGGCUUUUAUGGUGUGGCGAUUUGGCCAGGACCAACUCCCGGAGAGACCCGACAGCAAGUGGGCAACAGGACUCACGGAUGAGAUUAUGGACAAGGUCGUCAGAGGAAAGUGCCGAUCAACGUACCAAAACGACUACAUAGGGUCACGCCAAGGCCAAAAGAUGGAAUCGUCAAGCUUAUUAUCAGACAUGUCAGAAGAUUUGAGACAAAAUGUGCCCUUUUCCCUCGAUUCGAGUAUGAGACAAGCGUACCAAGUACCCAGGCAGCAACCGAUUUUCAAGGGGAACACCUCGAGGUUUGGCUGCAACAGGAGAGUCGCCGCCACUGGCACAGUACCAGACACAUCGACGUCACAGAUGCAUAUAAAGACGAGGACCACCUACGAGAGAGAGUUCAGCGACAACGUCCCUGCAAACGCCACCGACCUCCGGGACAUUGGGCGAAGAUUGGGCGCGGAAACUCUACAGAAAUAUAUGGAUACUACAAAUGACAAUGAGAAGGAAACCUUGACGGCGAUGUUGAAAGCACCAAACGAUAGCCGAUGCGGUUCACGAUCCAGCUCCAGGCAUGCGCGCGUCAUACCAGAAGCCACCCAAAUCUACUCGUACAAACCCGAGGACUUCAAGCCCCAAUGGCUCUCAUCGUGGACUGGACCUAUGUAAUGUCAAGAGACGUAUAGUCGAAAUUUACCAAUAGACCUCGAACUUAAACUGUUCCUGUAGUCAGGAAAUUAGCGAUUAAUCAUUUCGAGGAAUUAUUUGAAUAAAUAAAAGGGGGAAGUUUCAUUAAAUUUGACUGGUUAUAUAGCUGAGACGCUCGAGUUUGGAUGCAAUCUGAUAGAAAAUAGACGAAUGAUCAAAAUAACUCACGGAAUUUAUUGGGUAUCUUCUUUUUAGUGUUUUCCUCUUUCCGUAUUUUUCCGUUCCUUUCCCUACGGUGUUCUGCCUUACGCUCCAAAAGGUGGCAGCAGUAGGAUAUCAAUUAAUUCACACUGGAAACAUGCUGUCGAAAUAUUGGAAGUAGUGCGUUUUGGCAAAGUGAUGUCUCGUCAAUGUAACCAAGGCUUGCCGAUUACUCAAGGCGGAUUAUGGACUAUUGCAUUUCAUGUUAUAUUAUCUGUGAUACAUCUUUGCAAGGAUACGACGGUCAUCUCUAGAUUUUGGUCGCGGAGGGGCAAAAUCCCGGGGCAAAAUUCGCAUGACAGGAGAAAGAGGUCUAUAUUCCCCCGCCCUCUCAUAGCAACGGCCUUGAAAACAGUAAGGAUGAUCGCCUUUGAUUGAAGAGUUGGACCAACAUGACUUAAGUUAUACAUGUACAUGUAUAUAUAAUGCUCGGCGAGUAGCGUAGACAGGGUUAUUAUCAUUGAAUCACAUUUUUGUGCAUAUCACGCGUCGAGAUUUUCAAAAUGUAAAUAGUAGGUAAAACAUGUAAAUAUUGUUGUAAUAAAUAUGUUCGAGUGUGUGUCCUUGUAUGUAGAAAACAUCUGUUGGUUGCGGUAGCAGUAUUGUUUCGAGACAGUGCCAGGGUUCUGAUAAAUUGUUCACUGUGGUACAACUGA